AUUUCACGCAGUGUUGAGGCACUACGUCGCCUUGGCUGGAUACUUGUGUUACAUCCCGGUUCUUCAGAGUGCUGCGUUGGAUGUGCUCUUGGGUGACACAACUUCUGUACAAAACGUCUGCUCAGGUGUCAAAGGAAUUUUCCAGGGCAUUCAAGUGUGGGCCAAAGUGUAAAUAUCGCCCGCUUAAUUUUAGCAACUGUACCUUAACUGACAGUUACUGACAGCUCUGUCUGAAUGAGCCACCAUCUCUCACUAUAAAAGACUCAGCAGAUGAGGCCUGGUUCCCUGAUGCAUGAAGGUCCAGUAGCUGCAUUGCCUGUUCAGCAGCACCCGAACAGGCAUAUUUACCCCCAGGCUGUGGGUGUCUCUUUGGGUGACCUGCAAGGUCAAGUUCCCCUCCUGACUCAAAGCUCCAACAGUAAAGCGAGAACCAUGUCUGAACCUGUUCCUCUGCUACACUGUGCUCCGAGUGCCGUGGCCAGUCAUGCUGAAAAAUGGAAGGAGCUGAAGCUGGACAUCAGCUCCCCCUGUCACACAUCUAAUCCUGACUUAAAGCAGAAUGGACACUGUGAGUGCAGUUCAGACGUGGCUCCUGGAGCAGGUGGGGUCAUGGAUACAAGUACUUGCAACGAUCUGUUAGCAUCUGUGAAUGCACCAGAGGACUGUUCAUUGGAUCUGCUGAGAAUAGUAAAACACAAGCCCAGUGCCAUAGUGUUCCGUGAUUAUGACUGUAGCCCUGACAACCAGGCGACUUCUGAUGUCGGGGAGUCGUCUUCAUCCACCACUGAAGAGGGAGAGGGCAACAACGAUGACGACGAGGAUGAUGAUUUUCCUGAGACGUUACAAUAUAAGGAAUUCCUGGUCAGUCGUCGCCGUAGAAACUUGAGCAGGAACAGGAAGUGCUCGUGGAAGAGGCAGGAUGCCCAGCCUGAUAGCGCUGCAUCUGGCGGGCAAAAGCCCACAAACAAGGAUAAACCUGAGUUCGCAGGUAGCCCGGAGGAAGAGGAAGCAGCACAGAACAAUGGAAAACAGGCUGCUGAGAGCGACUCCAUGACCCUGCUGUUAGAGAAGCUGGAUCACCUCAAUGAGGGGGUUCAGGAAGCCCAAAGUGCUGAUUCGUCCCACUCAGACGUGGCCUAUGCUGACGAGGAGCAAGGUGCCCUUUCUUUGGGAAAGACGACGAGCCGAGUGCUGAGUCAGGAUCAGGGAACCUCCAGAGCUCCAGAUAAGCCUGAGCCGCUGACCAGGCGGCGCUCGCGACCUUUGACCCGCAGCAGACCACUGACCCGCUCAUCCCUCUCUUCUCCGACACAUCUCCAUGCUCGACGGGCCAGGGCUGCUGCGAGGAUGACAAAUGGAUCAGCAGAGAUUGAGGCUAAGGAGGCUUGCGAUUGGCUUAGAGCAGCGGGAUUUCCACAGUACGCCCAGCUCUAUGAAGAUUCCCAGUUUCCAAUUGACAUUUCCUCAGUUAAAAGGGACCACGACUUUUUGGACCGGGAUCUGGUGGAGCCUCUAUGUCGGCGUCUAAAUACUCUGAACAAGUGUGCCUCCAUGAAACUGGAUGUCAGCCACCCCAAGAAGAAAGGUGAUGACUCUGAUGAAGAUGACCCGUUGGCCAUCAGUAAAAGGUGGACGUUCGAGUGGAGCAGCCGACGUUGGUCUCGCCUCCAAGACUUCCUGUUGGACAGCACCAAUGAGAGCAGCCCGACAGGUCAGGGGGAGGGUCUGCUGCACAGCACAGUGAGCAGUGAGAGCAUGCUGACGGACCUGAGUGAGCAGGAGAUCACUGAAAUCUCCUCGCUGCACAGUGAGGACUCCGCCUCUGCCAUGCCUGACUCGAUAUCUAUGGCAUCUCUGUCCGCCUCCUACCAACCACCCAGGGAUCUUCCACACUACAACUCCCUGCCAAUCAAGAGCAGCCGCCACGGGCAAGGGGGGCGGAGUAAAGCCAAAGAGUUUUUGCGUCGCAUGGAAAUAAUGCGCACUUGGGGGCCGUCAACGAGGCGGAAAAGCUCAAAUUGCAGACCGCCACUGGUCAUCAGUGAGCCGGUGUUACAGGGCGAGGAGCCUCACGCACUGCAGGUGCUUCAGUGUACUCCCAUCAGCCAACUAGAACAAAGCACUCAAAACAACUACCAAACUGAUGGUGAAACCUCCUCUGUCCCCCUUACCAAUGACUGCGAAAACCAAUCCACGGUGAGUGUGAGCCCCAGCAGUGAGACAGUGGUGCCCAGAGUGAAGGAGCCCGUGUGUACAAAACACCGCACUGCCAACAAGAGAAGCAGCAUGUAUCUGGAGGACAUGGUGCUGCCUUCUCAAGGUAAGAAGACUGAGGGACAGAACCAGUUUGGCAGAAACCAGUUUCGCUCAUAUGAAAACCUCCUCAUCACCGUCCCCAAAGACCAUAAACCAGGCACCUUUCCAAAAGCUCUAUCCAUAGAGAGCCUGGCGCCUUCCCCCGGUGACGAGAACAAUGGCCCCAAGACACGGGGCCACACUUCUCAACCCAACAAUGGCCUAGGUGAGCCCUGGUCUGGUAAACCUCUGUCCAAGCCCCCCUGUCCUGGAGCUCCACGGGGCAGCAGGGUGAGUGUUUAUGACAACGUCCCGGGCUCCCACCUUUACGCCAGCACAGGAGACCUGCUGGACUUAGAGAAAGAGGACAAUCUGUUCCCUCACUUAGAUGACAUCAUCCAGCAUGUCAGCGGUCUGCAGCAAAUAGUGGACCACUGGAGCCGCAGUGUGCUGCCUGAGGGUGAGACAGGGGAGGGGGAGGAGGAAGGGGAGGGCAGGACCACUCCCAGCGAAGGCGAGAGAGAUGGGGUCUCCUUAAAUGACACUGAUUCGACAGGAACCAGUCGGGAGAGGCGGGACUCUGGAGUCGGGGCCUCACUGACAAGACCACGUCUACGAUGGCCCAGUUUCAGAACCUCUGAUCAUCUCAACCAGCCGGCGUCUUCACUGCAGAUCAGUAACCAAUCAGCGGGCCAGCUCAGCCUGCUGCAGAAGUUCUCUUUGCUCCGCCUCACCGCCAUCAUGGAGAAAUACUCAAUGUCUAAUAAACAUGGAUGGACAUGGUCUGUGCCCAAGUUUAUGAAGCGUAUGAAGGUGCCAGACUACAAAGAGAAGAGUGUGUUUGGUGUUCCCCUCAUCAUCCAUGUCCAGCGCUGUGGCUUUCCGCUCCCUCUGUGUUUACAGCAGGCCCUCAGCCACCUCAGAACUCACUGUCUGGACCAGGUGGGAUUGUUCCGCAAAUCUGGCGUGAAGUCUCGUAUCCAGGCUCUGAGGCAGCAGUGUGAGAUGUCCCCCGACUCCGUGAGCUACGAGGACCAGUCCGCUUACGACGUGGCCGACAUGGUCAAACAGUUCUUCAGAGACUUGCCGGAGCCUCUGCUAACAAGCAAGCUGGGGGAAACCUUCCUGCACAUUUACCAGUAUGUCCCAAAGGAGCAGAGAUUACAGGCCAUCAGAGCGGCCAUUUUGCUGAUGCCAGAUGAAAACAGGGAGGUUCUGCAGACGUUGCUCUGCUUCCUGCGUGACGUCACUUCCCUGGUGGAGGAGAACCAGAUGACGCCGAUGAACCUGGCUGUUUGUCUGGGACCUUCGCUCUUCCACCUCAGCAUACUGAAAAACGAGACACUGUCACCAAGGUCAAUCCAGAGGAAGUACACCACAGGCCGCCCCGAUCAGAAAGACCUGAAUGAGAACCUGGCAGCCACCCAGGGCCUGGCGCACAUGAUCACCGAGUGUCAGCGUCUCUUUCAGAUCCCAGAGGAGAUGGUGACCCAGUCUCGCAACUCCUACAUGGAGGCUGAGCUGAUGGUGCCCCCGCUGGACGAGCUGUGCAAGGCUCACGAGGAGGAGGUGGAUGACGACGAGGUGGAGGAGGAUGAGGAGGGGUCUUAUCACGCGCACAUAGAGAGGCUGGUCCAGAACCUGCUGGAAGAGGCCAGAGAUAAGAGCAAAGGCUGGGUGUCUCGCUCAACUACUGACCACACAGACCUGGCAUUUAAAAAGGUGGGAGAUGGCAACCCUUUGAGGCGAUGGCGAGCGUGUGUUGAGGUGCCUGCAACUCCCACUGAGGUGCUGCAGCGACUGCUGAGAGAGCGCCCUCUAUGGCAGACUGAACUACAUCAGGAGAAGGUUCUGGAGACGCUGGAUAAACAGACGGACGUGUACCAGUACUCCUGCUGCAACAUGGCGCCUCAACCCAACUGUGACUUUGUGGUACUAAGAUCAUGGCGUACAGACCUGAGUAAAGGCUCCUGUGCGCUGGUGUGUGUGUCCGUCGAGCAUGAUGACAGCCCACGUAUGGGAGCAGUGAGGGCCGUUGUGCUGGAGUCACAGUACCUCCUCGAGCCCUAUGGGACUGGGAGGACCAGGCUCACACACAUCUCCAGAGUGGACCUCAGGGGAAGAUCUCCAGAAUGGUACAACAAAGCAUUUGGUCACCUUUGCAUCAAUGAGGCCCAGAGGAUCCGCUCCUCGUUUCACCCACCAGAUCAGACGAGCACCGAGGCCAAGAUCUGAACCCCAGAAAUCAUGCUUCAUCUCGGGUCACACUGUCCGAGCAGCUGGGCCUGAGACCCAGUGAUCCAGGAGGGGAAUCAUCCAGGCGGUGGACUUUAGUGUCUUUUCACUCUGCUGCACCACGCUGAGCUUCACUGUACUGAGUUACAGUCAUUCACACACAGAGAGGGGAGUAUCUAUAGUCAUGUAUCUCAGUAAUUCCACAGAACACCAUAUCACUACUUAUUUAUCUCAUAAAUUAUGAUUUUCUGUGCCAUUUUUUGCCCCACGGAACAAACGUCAGUUUCCCAAUUCCAAAUAUGAAACAGCUAAUUUGAUUUUCUUUGAAUGGCCUUUGAUGUUUCAUAUAAUUGGCUCAUAACCAUUCGCGUUAUCGAAAGAAUGAGGUUGAUUGCUCUGGGUCAUUCUUCCAAAUCCUCAUCUACCAAUCCAAUAUCUUGCAAAAAAAAACAUAAUGACCUAAUAAAGCAGCCAGCACCAGAAGGCGUGAUCAUGAGAUGGUUGCAGUCUCUAUCACGUUAAUCUGAUAUUACUGAAACUGAUUUUAUAGUGUGUAGAAAUGGCACAAAGGUUACUCACACUUAAAGGAGAAAACCCAUAUUUGUAUUGAUUACUUUGAGAAAUCUAUCAUCUUUUUAAAAUGUCACAUGGCCUGGCAGUGAAUUCAAUCAGUCAAUUUUUUCCUCUCAGACGUAUUAUUGAGCAGACCUGAGAAAGCGGGACACAUUAACCCCUGAUCUGCUUUUGCCACAGUCAAUCAAAAUCUAUUAAAUAAAAUACACUAAGAAAAUCAGAUAUUGCCAUUGUAUGCCUGUAAAAGCCACAUUUUUUUAAAUUAAUUUGCCCGUCUGUAAACUAAUGCUCCUACAAAGAUUUGAACAUAUAUUCUUAUAUAUGCACAUUUGUAAAACGCACUUAAUUGCGAUCAAGUCUCCUCCACAUAAAGACCCAUAAAUCCAGGUGCUCUAUAGAAAUAUUCCCACCAAUAUGAAUGAUAGGGUCAGUACCAUAUGGCUGCAUGUCAGGUGUGAAAAGUGCACUAGUUCAGGAAAACAUAAGCACACGAAGGAAACAGGAAACACUCAUCGGGUCCAUAAAUGUGCUUUAUACAUCGUGUUGGAUAUCACUGUUGAUUUAGCUCUGUCACUAUUUUCAGUGUUCAUCUUACCUAAAUGUUAUUUUAAAGUUAUUAUUGUCAUUAUAUCGAUGUAUGUUGUAUCACCUUUUUUUGCUGUCAUGUUAUACAAUGUCUAAGACAUGUGACCAUUUCACUGCUUCUGGGAAGCAUGUUUGAAACUGUGUGCGUGUAUGUGUGUGUGCCCGUGUAUCUGCAUUUUAGAUACAGCCUGUAUUGUAAUUAUAAAUGACGCUUUCUGUGCCAGCAGAUAGAACAUCAUAGCUUUUCAGGGUCUUCCUAUCAUAUUGAUAUGCUGAAAUGUGAACUCCGACACACACCAUCCUACUAAAGCAAUAGCAGACUAGAGCUUGCUCUGCCAUGGCACUGCCUUGGCUCUUUUUUUUGUGUUUCGGCUGUAGGCGUUGCUAUGGUGUUGCUAUGAUACAAUAUCUCUACAGUGCCACCCAAAAUCCUGCGUGGAUGCUGUUCGCUGGUGAGUGAGGGUGCAUGUGUGUGUGUGUUUGUGUAAAUAUGUGUGUAUGAGAGAGAAAACAAAGAGUGAGUGACUUUGACGUGAGCCCUCGGCUGUGUGGGGAGAGGCUCCAAACCUAGCUGCGUAGCUGAGACCAGGAAGAUUUACGCUUGGUUAUUUCUGACAAAGUGACAGAAAACAGAACAAUUGUUUCUAAACAAGAAAAUAAAAAAUCUAAGAAUUCAAACAA